UGUUUUUUUGGGCACGCGGAGGGUUAUGGGGAGGGGUGUUUCUCACACAUAACAACAGCAUCCGCCCGCCGUCUACCAUUGGGGGUGUUUCCAUGGCAGCUGCUAAAAGACUGACAGGUGGAACGACCAAUAAGCGCCGCUCUUGAACCCUGACGUCACACCGCUAACCAAUCCCCUGCCGCGGUGGGCGGGACCUGUCCUCCUGGAAGGAUUGAAUCGCCUCAGUUUGUUUCAGUGAAACGAGCGCCGGAGCUGGACGUGUUUUGCGGCCGGACACAGCCGCCUCUUCGCUCCUUUUUUGUGUGGGGAGGUUUUAAAGUCUCCCUCCGCCGAGUCGCGCAGUGAUUCCCGGCCGGCUGCGUUCCCCCAGGAUGCCUCAGAGGAGAGCUGCGCAGGGAUGCCUCCGCUGAACAUGGGAAAACAGGGCGUCUGUGAUGAUGAAGGCUCCUUCCUUUUUGUUUUGAACGCGGGCCACCCACCGAAUCACUGCAGCCGUCGGGAUGGACGACUCCAGCCGCCGCUCCUAUGAGGAUCAUUGCGCAGUGCAGUGAGGACUGGAUCUCGCCCCGUCGCUUCCGAACUGCUGCUGAAUAUAUUACCUAAUCAGCCGGUGCUGAAGCGGUGAUAAAUUCCCGGUGCAGCCCGCACACACUCACGCACUGCUGAGCGCAUUGCUGCAUUGUCAAUGUAAACUGCUUUUGUCCGGCGGUGGGAGCCGCUCACAGGUUACAGAUGAGAGGUAAACAGUUUCAUUACCCCCUGAAGUUGACAGCGCCUUGGGAGAAGGAUGCUGGAUUUGGCAGGAAGCUCAAAACUUACAGGAAUCAUACCAAGAUAAUUGCACAGCCUGGGAUCGUGAUGAAAGUGCUCCGCAGGAAAAGGAUUGUGUUAUUUAUGGCCUAUUUCUUGCUGCUGGUGCUCACUAUGCUCAACUUGGCGAAUUAUAAAUGGACCAAAGAGCCCCAGCAGUGCAACCACCAGAUGAGGAGCGCCACUUACCAGAGCAGGUCCGACAUCCGCUUCCUUUACAGGCCCUCCCUGGCCAAGAAGAGGCAGCUCAUCUACGUUCUGACCACCUGGAGGUCGGGCUCCUCCUUUUUCGGGGAGCUUUUCAACCAAAACCCUGAAGUGUUCUUCUUGUACGAGCCGAUGUGGCACAUCUGGCAGAAGCUGUACCCUGGGGACGCGGUGUCUCUCCAAGGGGCGGCCAGGGACAUGCUGAGCUCCUUGUACCGCUGUGAUCUGUCUGUUUUCCAACUUUACAACAGCCCCGGGGGCAAGAACUUCACCUCUUUAGGAUUAUUUGGGGCCACCCUGAACAAAGUGGUGUGCUCCUACCCCCUCUGCUCUGCCUACAGGAAAGACGUGGUGGGGAUGGUGGACGAUAAGGUGUGUAAAAAGUGCCCCCCUCAAAGCCUUCGACUGUUGGAGGAGGAGUGCCUGAAAUACAACACCAUAGUGAUUAAAGGAGUUCGCAUUUUGGACGUUAACGUCCUGGCCCCGCUCAUGGAGGACCCGUCCUUGGAUUUGAAGGUGAUACACCUGGUCAGAGACCCGCGGGCGGUGGCCAACUCCCGGAUCAAAUCCAGACACGGGCUCAUACGGGAGAAUCUACAGGUGGUCCGGAGCCGGGAUCCCAAACUCCGCCGGAUACCGUUCGUGGACCCGGGCCACAAAGCCAACAAAAAAGACGGCUCAGACUAUCACUCCAUCGGAGCCAUGGAGGUGAUUUGUGACCGCACGUCCAGGACUUUGAGGACUGCCUUAAACCCGCCCAGCUGGCUGAAGGGGAAGUACAUGGUCGUACGCUACGAGGAUCUGGUGGAGAACCCGGUCAAGACGCUGAGGAACAUCUACCGCUUUGCCAACCUCACCACCAACCACGACAUCGAGUCGUUUGCGUUAAACAUGACCAGCGGCUCCAGUUCCUCCUCCAAGCCAUUCAUCGUGUCCUCCAGGAACGCCACGCAGGCCGCCAGCGCCUGGAGAACAGUGCUCAGCAUCCAGCAGAUCAAACAAGUGGAGGACUACUGCCACCACUCCAUGUCUGUUCUCGGGUACGAGCGCGUGAGGACAGCGAUGGAGGCCAAGGACUUAAGCAAACCGCUACUGUCCCGCUCCAAGAUUUAAAGAAACAAAUAAAACCCCACACCACCAAAGACCUUUAAUCAGUCUCCAUUUUUGCUUUUUUUCUCUUCUCGUGGAAUUAAAAGCUUUAUUUCAGUGUUCAUGAAGCGCCACAUCAGGAAUGUAUCGCUGCCCUCCGUCAGGCUGCCGGUGAAUGCGAAGGGACCAAUUCUUUUGUUACUACUGGAUGAGUUUGUCAUAAGCAAAGCCUGAGAACUUGAUUACUGAAGCUGCACCAACAGGGAAAAAAAAAAAAUAAGAUUCACGUGUUAAUAUGACACAAAUAAUUGGAUGUUUUGGGGUUAUUUUUGAAUGUUUUAAUCGUUAAAGGUGUUUUUUUUAGCUCUCCAUACUGUCUAAAUGGAUAAGAUUUUCUUUUUCAAGACCAGAGACAAUCAGUGAUUUGGUUUGUUGAUGUGCCAUAGAGAAUUCCUCAGAACCACAAAGUACUGCUUUAUCUAGAAAAUUAAAAAAAGCCACCAGAUCAGAGGACUUUUCUUUAAACGAUGGUUUCUGUGGACAUUAUUACUUCUGAAGUGUCAGUGUGAGCGGUCUGUACCACCAUUUCAAAUGUUUACAAUUGCUUGCUUCUAUGGAAACACAUGAUCUGGGAAUAAUGAGUAAAGUUCACAGUAAACAAGA